AUGCUGCCACGCGCGGCGGCCGCCUUUGGGCGCGCCUCCAACGCACUCAUCCCCGCUACGAGACAACGACUAGCCGCCCGCCCGCAGCUCAUCGUCCGCCGGAACAUAUCGCUUCUGCCCUGGAAGCGGAACAAGGUCCAGGAACCACUGCCUGUGUACUUCUCCAGAGCGCCGUCACAGUCAAGACCGGGAGCAUGGCGGGGCCGCCUCGGACGAGUGGCAUUCACGACAUUUGCCCUGUACGCGUGUUGGCAAAUAUUCGCGACCGUCGUCUUUGACCCCCUGCUCGACUGGGCCGAGCACGAAUGGGACUCCCUCUCCGAGAAGGAAAAGCAAGAGAUGGAGGGCUUCGCCGAGGAGGACGAGCCUAUCCUCUUCCUGCCGUUCCCGUUCACGACCAAAGAGGUCCAGCAGCCGCCGUACAAGGGCUCGGACCCGGAGUGGGCCAUGUUCCUGGCCGUCAACAAGGAUCAGCAGCUGCAAAAGGACAUCAAAUUUGGCCUUGCAGAGGUCAUACGGCGAGGCGUCGAGCGAAAUCCAGCCUAUGUGAGACUUCUUGGAGGCAACAUCAAACUCAAGAAGAUGUGGCUCGACAUCAUCUACCCUCCACGACCGCCGGCCAGGCAUUUUAUCUCUGGUGUUGUGGUCGAUGAUGACGGCAUCUACUGGGGCGACCGACCCAUAGACUCCUUGGCUGCUAGCCACCUGAACAUGGCCAUAUACCCUAAGGCCGUCGCCAUGACCGUCUGGACGUUUGUCAACUUCCUCUUCAAGCAAACAGCCCAAGACGUCGCCAAAGCCCUGGGACUCGGCUCGGCGCCUCCCGAGGAGACAACCUGGCAGUCCGUCGCCCUCAACCGGUGGCGCGAGCAGGGCUGGCGGGAGCAAGGCGCCUUCGGCGGCCCGGGUAAGCAGCCCGCCGGUGCCCCGGCCCAGCAACCGCAGCCCGACAAGCAGCCCGCCGGCUUUCCCAUCCAGACGGCCGGCGGCGACAUCCUCGGAACGCCCUUUAGCGGCGAGUCCCAGCUCGACCCGCGCAUCCAGGCAGCCCUCCAGGCCGCCAGCCUGACCUUCUCCAAGAACUGGCAGCCCGCCAUGCAGCCCCCUAACCGCGGCUGCAUCCGCGUCGACGGCCUCAUCGAGCUGCAGGGCAAGGCCGCCGUCAUGGCCGUCUACGUCCUGGGGUGGUACGACCCCAAGCAGAGGAAGUUUAUGGGCAUACAGACGGGGCUGAAGCACCUGAUUCAGCUUAAACAGCGGCCUGCCGGUGGCUGA